ACCACCUCUAUGACCUCCGUCCCCAAACCCCUCAAGUUCCUACGGCCACAUUAUGGCAAGCUGAAGGAGAUCUAUGAGAACAUGGCUCCGGGAGAGAACAAGCGCUUUGCGGCAGACAUCAUUUCUGUUCUGGCCAUGACCAUGAGCGGGGAGCGUGAGUGCCUGAAGUACCGGCUGGUGGGCUCCCAGGAGGAGCUGGCAUCUUGGGGGCACGAAUAUGUCAGGCACCUUGCAGGGGAGGUGGCCAAGGAGUGGCAGGAGAUCGAUGAGGCUGACAAGGCUCAGAGGGACACGCUCCUCACACUGGUCAAGGAGAUCGUCCCCUAUAACAUGGCGCACAAUGCAGAGCAUGAGGCCUGUGACCUGCUCAUGGAGAUUGAGCAGAUGGACAUGCUGGAGAAGUACAUUGAUGACAACGCCUACUCCAAAGUGUGCCUCUACCUGACCAGCUGCGUAAGCUACGUCCCAGAGCCCGAGAACUCAGCCCUCCUGCGCUGUGCUCUGGGCAUCUUCCGCAAGUUCAGCCGCUACCCUGAAGCCCUGCGCCUGGCUCUGAUGCUCAAUGACGUGGAGCUGGUGGAGGACAUCUUCACUUCCUGCAAAGAUGUAGUUGUCCAGAAGCAGAUGGCCUUUAUGCUGGGCCGCCACGGGGUCUUCCUAGAGCUGAAUGAGGAUGUGGAGGAGUACGAGGACCUGACCGAGAUCAUGUCCAAUGUCCAGCUCAACAGCAACUUCCUGGCCUUGGCCAGAGAGCUGGACAUCAUGGAGCCCAAAGUGCCAGAUGACAUUUACAAAACUCACCUGGAAAAUAACCGGUUCGGGGGGAGUGGUUCCCAAGUGGACUCUGCCCGGAUGAAUUUGGCGUCCUCCUUCGUGAAUGGCUUUGUGAAUGCUGCGUUUGGACAGGACAAGCUGCUAACAGACGAUGGCAAUAAAUGGUUGUACAAGAACAAGGACCACGGGAUGCUGAGUGCUGCAGCCUCCCUGGGCACGAUACUGCUGUGGGACGUGGACGGGGGCCUCACACAGAUCGACAAAUACCUGUACUCCUCGGAGGAUUACAUCAAGUCGGGAGCCCUCCUGGCCUGUGGCAUCGUCAACUCAGGGGUGAGGAAUGAGUGUGACCCUGCCCUGGCCCUCCUGUCUGACUAUGUCCUCCACAACAGCAACACCAUGAGGAUCGGAGCCAUUUUUGGGCUGGGGCUGGCAUACGCGGGCUCCAACCGCGAGGACGUCCUCACUUUGCUGCUACCUGUGAUGGGAGACUCCAAGUCCAGCAUGGAGGUGGCUGGUGUGACCGCCCUGGCCUGUGGGAUGAUAUCAGUGGGCUCCUGCAACGGGGAUGUCACCUCAACCAUCCUCCAGACCAUCAUGGAGAAAUCGGAGACGGAGCUGAAGGACACAUAUGCCCGAUGGCUGCCACUUGGCCUGGGCUUGAACCACUUGGGGAAGGGAGAAGCGAUUGAGGCCAUCUUGGCAGCGCUGGAGGUGGUGUCGGAGCCGUUCCGCAGCUUCGCCAACACGCUGGUGGACAUUUGCGCCUAUGCAGGCUCAGGGAACGUCCUGAAGGUGCAACAGCUCCUGCACAUCUGCAGUGAGCACUUUGACUCCAAGGAGAAAGAGGAGGACAAGGACAAAAAGGACAAAAAAGAGAAGGAGAAGAAAGAGAGCUCAGCUGACAUGGGGGCUCACCAGGGUGUAGCAGUGUUGGGAAUCGCACUCAUUGCCAUGGGCGAGGAGAUCGGUGCUGAGAUGGCUCUGCGCACGUUUGGCCACUUGCUGCGGUACGGGGAGCCCACCCUCCGUCGUGCCGUGCCUCUGGCCCUUGCGCUUAUCUCUGUCUCCAACCCUCGGCUCAACAUCCUCGACACCCUCAGCAAGUUCUCCCAUGACGCUGACCCUGAGGUCUCCUACAAUUCCAUCUUUGCCAUGGGCAUGGUGGGCAGCGGUACCAACAAUGCCCGGCUGGCAGCGAUGCUGCGGCAGCUUGCCCAGUACCAUGCCAAGGACCCCAACAACCUCUUCAUGGUGCGGUUGGCCCAGGGCCUGACCCAUCUGGGCAAGGGGACGCUGACCCUGUGCCCGUACCACAGCGAUCGGCAGCUCAUGAGCCAGGUGGCCGUGGCUGGGCUGCUGACCGUUCUCGUGUCCUUCCUGGACGUGCGCAACAGCAUGCUGGUCACCUUUGAUGAGGAGCUGCGACCUCUGCCCGUGUCGGUUCGGGUGGGACAGGCUGUGGAUGUGGUGGGCCAGGCGGGCAAGCCCAAAACCAUCACCGGCUUCCAGACUCACACA